GAAACAUUACUUCUACACACGCCAGGCCUGGAACUGUAUAGAUUCAUCCAUUUCCACUCGAGUCUUACUCUUUAUAGAAAACCCCAACAAUACUCAAUCCUAUAUUCCUUCCUAGCUGCUACUUCUGUCUGUGUUUCCAAAAAGCAAGAAGAAAAGCACUUGCUCUCGAGUUGAGUUGCUCAGAGCUGGUUAAAAGCCCCAUAUCUCAAGGUUAUAGAAGCUCUGAAAUAUUCCAAUUUUGCUUUAUUGGUGUGCUUAAAGGAAUCUAAGCUAAUCAUUGGGAAUGGUGCUAGGCUGAUAAGUGUGGGAUUUGGAUGCUCCGUCUGUGAUGAGAGUUCAUUGUGCUGUUUUUUUUCCUGGGUUUGUGAGAAAAGACAGCUUCCUUCAAAGUGCACAGAUUUUAGAAUGAAAAAGGAAGCCAAGAAAUAGAAAGCUGCUUAUGAUAAUUCAAACCAAAGAAUGGAUUUCCAGUUUUUCAAGCCCAAGAUUUCAUUGUCUACAACAGUUUCUAUUCUGGUCUUCUUUCCUCUUCUCUUUUCUGUUUCUUCGGUCCAGUCUCGGCGACUGGACCUCAAAAACUUCAACCAUUCCCACCAGGCUUUUUGGCCGGGGGAAGAGUCUAACAAGAUGGAAAUUACCCGAGCUCAUCUCAAGAAGCUUAAUAAACCCGCUCUCAGAACAUUUCAGAGUCCAGAUGGAGACAUUAUAGAUUGUGUGGAAUCUCACAAACAACCGGCGUUUGAUCAUCCGAUGCUAAAGGGACAAAAACCAUUGGAUCCGCCAGAAAGGCCAAAGCGGCUCAAGACAAAGCAGAUGUGGUACGAGAAUUUUCAGCUGUGGAGCUUGUCUGGGGAAUCAUGCCCGCCAGGAACUGUCCCGAUCAGAAGAACGUCUGAGCGGGACAUCCUCCGAACUUCUUCCCUCAAGAACUUCGGAAGAAAACCCGCAAGCACGGUUCGAAAAGACUCCACAUCCAGCAGCCGUCACGAACAUGCAGUUGGAUAUGUAAGUGGAGAAGCUUAUUAUGGAGCAAAAGCAAGUAUGAAUGUGUGGGAACCUCGCGUGGAUAAACAAUACGAAUUCAGCUUGUCGCAAGUGUGGGUUAUUUCUGGUACAUUUGGUGAUGAUCUCAACACCAUUGAAGCCGGUUGGCAGGUUAGCCCAGACCUAUACGGGGACAACUAUCCUAGAUUUUUCACGUACUGGACGAGUGAUGCAUAUCAAGGGACUGGGUGUUACAAUUUGCUAUGCUCAGGCUUUGUUCAGACCAAUAACCAAAUUGCUAUUGGAGCUGCCAUCUCUCCAACUUCAUCAUAUAAGGGCGGCCAAUAUGACAUCAGCAUCUUGAUUUGGAAGGGGCGGAGCCAGGGGGUCAGAGUGGUCAACCGACCCCGCUAAAAGUUCAAGAAUGUAGAGCUUUGAAAUACCUUCGAUUUGAUAUAUUAUGGGUCUCGUAACUCAUUACGAGUAAAAAGUUAUGACUUAUGGAAAAAUCAGCACCAUCUUAACUUGAAAUAAGCAAAAUUCGAUGUGUGUGUUGAUUAUAUUCUUAAAUUUAAAAAUAAAACAGCUUAUUCAGUCAUUAGUUGUGUGAACAUUAUGAUACAUUACAUAUAUAUAUAUAUAUAUAUAUAUGAAUACAUUAACCGAAAAUUCUCAUUAAACUACUCCCUCCGUCCCAUAUUUAACUCCGGUUUUGACCGGGCACGGGUUUUAAGAUAGUGGGAUUUGUGUGGUGGAGAGUUAUGCAGAGGAGAGAGAAAUGUGUAAGAAUGGUUGUGAACCACAUAUUCUUUACCAAAAAGGGAAACAUGAGAUAAAUUUGGGACGAACCGAAAAGGAAAGAAUGAAGAUAAUUCCGGGACGGAGAGAGUAUCAUAUAUUUAUCUCAGCUACAUAUGAAACAUUUAUUCAAGCAUUGUAUAAUAACUAUCCAUAAUUUUGAUACCGUAUAUUAUUAAAUUUCGACCCCCCUCACACAUUUUUCUGGCUCCACCCCUGGUGUCAAAUUUGACUUUUCAAGUCAAUGAUGUCUAACUUUGACCGGUUAUAUAUUCAUACACAUAAGUAUUGAGAAUAAGAAAAUAAUAUGAUAUUGUUCUUUGUUAAAACCAAUAUCAUAAAAGUAUAAAAUUAUUAAAUUAGUUAAAAUGAUUGGUCACCACAGUUUACCAUCUUUAACUGGAAAAGUUGAUGAUAUCAAAAUAAAAAGGGGUGGAGGUAGUAAGAGAAUCAUAUUUUGAAAUUUCACAUUGAGAUAAAUUUUAUAAUAUUAUUUAUGAUGUGAUUUUUAAUAUAUUAAUGCAUAAAAUGUAGUAUAUAUGAAUAGUAUAAAUGUGAUAGUAUUUCAAAUUUGCAACAACGAGGAAAUCUAUGGUUGCUUAUAUGAUUGGCCAGGAAAAAUAAGUAACAGUAAUAUAUAUAUAGUUGAAUUUGGUAAAAUGAAUUACCGAUUGUCACACAAACAUGAGAGCAUGUUAAGUCCAUGACAUCAAACGGUUGAGCAAGUCAAGACCGAGGCGGACACGUACGUGAAACCAAAAUAGCAUAGGCGCAUAGCGGUAGAAAGUGUUUGAUUUUGAGCUCAUUUGGUAACAUGAAAAUCGGUUGAUUUGGCUGAUUCUGUUGAAAUUUAUGAAGUUCUGGCUGAAGUGGUUGCAUUGGUUGAUUCUGCUGAUUUAAAAAAAAUACUUUUAAAAUAUAUUUUAUUAAUAAAAUAAAGAAAACAUUAUAUAUGUCAAAAUAGCUAAAAUGGUUAUCUACACUAACUUCAGCCAAUACAGCCAGAAAAGUAACUUCAACCUUAUUUUUUUUUGCUUAUUACACAAUUCAGCGCACGAAAGCAAAAGUUACGUGUUUGGUGAAAAAGUUGGCUGAUAAGCCGAUAAACAGUGUUACCAAACGGCCUCUUGAUCUAUUCAUUCAUAUUUUCUAGUUGUGCGAGCUAGAAAGUAUUUCACGCCAUAGCGACCGCAACACGCAUCACAGCGGUCGCAUUAGCCGCACCCGCAACCGCAAUUUAUAACCAUGGUUGAAUGGGUCGGCUAUCCGGUGGGCAACUAUUGUGUUCCAUGCAUUGAUGCAUACUUUUAUUUAUUUUAUGCAGGAUCCCAAACAAGGGAAUUGGUGGCUAGAGUUUGGAUCCGGGACCAUAGUUGGAUAUUGGCCAUCUUUCUUGUUUACACACCUUAGAAAAUCAGCAAGCAUGAUACAAUUUGGAGGUGAGAUUGUUAAUAGCGAUAGCUCCACUCAUACAUCCACUCAAAUGGGAAGUGGUCAUUUUCCUAGAGAAGGGUUUGGAAAAGCUUCUUAUUUUCGAAAUUUGCAAGUGGUCGAUUGGGACAAUAACCUAGUACCCUUGUCUAAUCUUAAACUUCUCACUGACGAUCCAAACUGUUAUGAUAUACAAGGAGGGAUUAAUCGAGUUUGGGGUAACUAUUUUUAUUAUGGUGGUCCCGGACGAAAUUCAAAAUGUCCGUAGAAGAAAAUGACAUACAUAUUCUUUUAGAUUGUACUCCGUAUUUUUUUAUUUACACAAAGUGACACAUUCAUAUAUACCUAUAGUAGGGAAUUUUGUAAAUCAAAUUGAAAAAAUGAAGAAAUAUAUAGUGAAAAUACAGAUAUUACUUUUGUUUGGCAUUUAAUUGUUAUCUGAUUAUCU